UAUAUUAAUAUUCUUUCUAAAAAAAAGAUCUUUGUCCUCCACAAAAAAAUAUGGAGAACAAAAUAAUGGUGAUCUUAGUGGUGAUGAUGGGGAGCCUUUUGGUCGAGACAGAGGCUAUAAAUUUUCAAGAAUGUUACAAAGGUUGUAUUUUGCUUUGUGGUGCAACUGCAGAUGGAUUUAAAAAAUUGGCAUGUCCUUUCACGUGUCUCAAGGAAUGUACAAAUCCUUCUAAGCCAGAUCUUCAAAAAAUAGACCAGACUGAUUAUUUUUGCAAACUCGGAUGUGCUACCAGUCGUUGUGUUUCAUCCUCCUCGGUCGAAGAUAUGGAUCACGCAGAAAAAGUUUCGGUAUGUGUGGAUUCAUGCUCAGAUAUGUGCUCUAACAAGAACUAA